GACAGCGGCACCGCCACCUAAGUCACCACGUGCGUGUCCCAGAGGCAUGUAGAUCGCUGAGCGGCAAACGGGCGAGAUGGCAGCGACGGUGGCGGCACCGGCGGAGAUGAAGCGCGAGGUGCGCCAGCAGCGCGCCAAGAUGUCGCUGCGCCGCAAGAGGGCGCUGGCGCCGCUCCAGCAGCAGCAGGUCAACGGCCUCUACGUGCACUCCAGCCCGCCCAGAGUGGUGCAGAUGAACCCGAGCACGAUCCGGCAGUGGCUGCGCGGUGGCGACCUGGAACGGCUGGAACAGGUGGUGCUGGAAGGCCACGGCCACCGUCUGGUGGGGGAGUACAGCCCGGAGCCCAGGGUGCGCGCCUUUCUCAAGACUGUGCCGGACUACAUGGCCCGGAUAGAGCUGGUGCACGACGCAGCGUCGCGCGGGGACCUGGAGGAGCUGCAGGCGCAGCUGCAGGAGGCGGGCGGCUUCCGGCGGCUGGCGCAGAGCAAGGACGCGGCGGGCCUGGGGCUGGCGCACAAGGCCGUGCUCGCCGACGACGAGCGCAUGCUGCGAUGGCUGCUCGACGCGCACCCCGCCGCCGCCGGCGUCAAGGACCGCGAGGGCCGCACGGCGCUGCAUUACUGCUCGGGCUGCGCGGACCCGCGCGAGACGUGGUCGCUGCUGGAGGCGGCGGGGGCGGACGUGGGCGCCGUCGACUCUGCGGGCCACACGGCCGCCUUCUACAUGCAGCACCCCGAGCAGGCGCCCGCCAGGCCCAGCCACAGCGCCGCCAACGACGCCUCGCAGGCGCGCAAGCUCACCACCGGCAAGGAAGCCGUCAGUUUAUUCAAUCAUCCGCCGAUGAGCGGCAAAGGGAUUGCAUAUGCAGGUCCAGAAAAUAGUGAAUAA